CGCGUUUUGCCAACUGUUGUGGUUUGAACUGACAAUAGAUAGGUACUUGACAAGGACAAGGUGGGAUAUUUCCCCGAGCAAGUUCAUUUCUCCUAGUUCCACGUCCUCUGCAAACAACUCAAGGUAGAGCAGACCUGGGUCUGUGGUCUGUGAGCGGGAGCUCGCCCAAUAUGGUAAGUAGGCGUCGGCCCGCGCGCUUGUUGAUCCUUGUUUGCCGUUCAGUUGGAUCUUGUUCUCAGCCACCAUGGCCCCGCGACAGCGCGAGCCCCUGCCCGAGCCAUCCUCCGGCCCCGGCAUCCUCUCAAACGUCCUCAGCUUUGUUACGCGGGAGAUCGAGUCUUUUGUGACCACGGCGGUGGGCGGAAAUGAAGUUCAGGUUGAGGAGCGGACACGGCCACGGGCUUCGACUUCACGCGUCAAACUCGAUGGCGAUGUCACGAAGAAGCGGAGGAGGAGAAAGGACAGCGCGCAUAGACUCGUCCAGUCCGAGGUUGAAUACGAGGAGGACGUGCCGGCGGAUGCUGGCCCCAGUCGGAGGCGCUCGCACCGUCCUGUCGACUCGGAUCCCGAGACCCCAAGAACACGGCGACCAAGGAAGAAGACACCGUCCGGUCCUACCUCGCCGUCUCCGACCCCUGCUCGUACCAGAGCUGCCGAUCCGUACGAAGAAGAGACGUCGUACUCGCGCGAGUAUACGAUCCCUAUCAAUGAUACACCGAGCUCGCGGCCACCAUCCCCCACGACGCCCCCUCCCCUUCCGCCGCUCUUGAAACCAAAGAAGGUUGUCACUAUGCCUGGCUCGUUCUUUCCCCGUUCAGAGUCUCUGAUCCCCGAAUCGCCGCCCAGUCCCGAGCCAGAGCGCCGUGUCAGCUGGCUACCGCGCACGCCCAGUCCCACUCCCACAAGCCCUAGGAAAACUGAGAAGACUCUCCGCCAAAUCGAGAAGUCGGAGAAGGCAAAGGGCAAGGAGCGCGCGGGCGACACAUCAGGCGAGGUGCAGGUGCGCGGCAAAGAGCGAGAAUUGCGUGCGGCUCGCGAAGCGCAUGCUCGCCACGAGCCUGGCCGAGACGACGACGAGCGCGAACGCGACAAGCUGCGUAUCCGAAUGCUGGAAGACGAAAUUGCAUGGCUGCGAGCGCAGCUUUCUGCUCAGCACACUCACUCUACCCGUGCAAUGCCUCCACCUCCCGCACCACCACCACCGCCUAUGGCGAAACUUUUCAAGGCACCUGGGACACCUACCGUUGCACGAGCAAACAAAUUCCUCGCUUCUGCGCGCGCGAAUCUGAAGCCGACCGCACCUCCUGUCGAGGCCCCUAUUAACUCUGCGGUCGGAAGGACGCGUCGAGCUGGCCAGCCUACAGUUAACGUUCCAUCGGACAAGAUGGCCGCUUUCCUGAACGAGGUGAAGACCGUGCGCUUGCGCAAGGUUAGCACAGGGGAGGGUGACAGCAGGUCGAUGCCGCCUCCUCGAUAUGUUCCAGGGGAGAGGUCGUUCAGCGCCGUCGAGAACAAGAUUGGCGAGAAGCGGAAACGUGACGCGUUCUUCGCGGGCGAUACGGACCCAGGGCCGUCGAAGAAGCGCAACACAACCUACAUUGCACCGGGCAAUGAUACUGGGUCUUCUAUGUCAUCCCAAUCAUCGCAGUCCUCGCAGACGUCGGCGAACUCCUCACUAUUCUUCCCACCUCCGGACCAUGUGCCUCCACGAGGAUGGCCGUCGGUUGCGACCACCGAGACGGAUAUUACCACCCCAUCGUUGUGCUCGGACAACGAAAACGAAAACGAACAAGAUGCCGACGAGCGUCUGCCACCUACCCCGCCUCACAAUCGAACACAACAUUCCGUGCCCAGCCACGCAGAUAAACGCAGAGCCAGUACCUCACGCGAACCCAUCGACGUAGAUGCUGCGUUCCCGGAGCCCGACCGGAUAGUUGAACCACGGCCCCAAGCAGCUCGUCUGAAGAAAGAGAAGACCCCUCCAUUCGUCGACUUUUUCGCGCGCCGUCCGCCGAAAUCGCCCCUGCCACCGACCCCCGUCCGCAAAGUGCCCGCUCCGGCGCGCAAGCGGGCCAAACCAGUACCCGCACCUCCAGUCGAUGGGGACAUGUCGGACGGCGAUGACCCACUGUCGAUGUCCCUCCCAGACCUCGGACGGCCCGGCGCAACACCGCAUCCCGCGCGGCCGGCUCAGAAGUCGCGCUCGAGGACGUCGUCAAAUGCGUCGUGUGACUCCGGCACGAAUGCCCAGGACACUCCAUCGAAUCGAGCACGGAGGCGCCGUACGCUGGAUGACGAGCUGCGCCGCGCGGGUGACAGGCUCUGGGACCCAGAAGCACUCUCGGACGACGAGUUGGCGGUAGGAGUCGAGAGCGGCGAGCUCGUUGGCGUGGGGACGAAGAGCAAAAAGAAGGGGUUUCUGAAGGGCGGAGGGGGCGCGGGCAAGCCUGUAUUCAUGGGCGUGGGCCACAUCCAAGGCGCUGAGGACGAUGGGGACGAUGAAGAUGAGGACAGGUCGCCUCCCCCUGUGCAGCGGCGAAGGAGAGGGACAAAGGCGAGGGAACGUGUCGAUUGAUCAAUUUUUCGUGUGAUAUGCUGUCGAUCUUGCUUUGUCGCUCUGGCUAUCUACUUCAGCGCCCAUUGUAUCAUAAGAAAUUGGUUGUACUGUAUAUCUUUGUCUUUCUUCUGCGUGGUGUGUAGCUGAUAGCCUAGAAUUUUAGCUCAUUGCUAAAGUCCAUAUGCACAGCGCUACGCUACGGACGCACUCCAUCUCGUUCGACCUGCCGCAAGAUCUCCAACGGGCUACGGCAAACCUCAGUUGG